AGAAGUGGACACCUCGUCGGCCACCAACCCACUCAGUGACAGACACUGACACUCACACUCACGGAAAACUAAAAGCAACCAAUUCACUUUACUUAAUUACUUGCUACAGAUCCGAUCCGAUCCGAUCCAAUCCAAUAUCAGCAGCUGAAGGAAGGAAGGAAGAAGAUGGCCAUGGCGAUUGCACUUCGAAGGCUCUCUUGUCAUGGAUCUCUCCUCCGUUACAUGUCUUCCUUGCCCAGUCCAGCAGAUCAAGUUUCACGUGCCGAUUGGACGAAGCAAUUGAAUGCUCCCCUUGAAGAAAUUGAUCCUGAAAUUGCUGACAUCAUUGAACUCGAAAAAGCCAGGCAAUGGAAGGGAUUCGAGCUCAUCCCUUCAGAAAAUUUCACCUCCUUGUCCGUCAUGCAAGCGGUUGGAUCAGUGAUGACCAAUAAAUACAGUGAAGGUUAUCCUGGUGCUAGAUACUAUGGAGGGAAUGAGUACAUUGACAUGGCUGAGAGAUUGUGUCAAAAGCGUGCCUUGGAAGCUUUUAAUUUGGAUCCUUCAAAAUGGGGAGUCAAUGUGCAGUCAUUAUCUGGGUCCCCUGCUAACUUCCAAGUUUAUACUGCACUUUUGAAACCUCAUGAGAGAAUCAUGUCACUCGAUCUUCCUCACGGUGGACAUCUUUCACAUGGUUAUCAGACCGACACAAAGAAGAUUUCGGCUGUCUCGAUAUUUUUUGAGACAAUGCCAUACAGAUUGGACGAAAGCACGGGCUAUAUUGACUAUGACCAAAUGGAGAAGAGUGCCGUGCUUUUUAGGCCAAAGUUAAUUGUGGCCGGUGCAAGUGCCUAUGCUCGAGUAUAUGAUUAUGCCCGCAUGCGCAAGGUUUGUGACAAACAAAAAGCUAUUCUAUUAGCUGACAUGGCACACAUCAGUGGGUUGGUUGCUGCUGGUGUUGUACCGUCACCAUUUGAAUAUGCAGAUGUCGUGACAACCACAACACAUAAAUCACUACGUGGGCCACGUGGAGCAAUGAUCUUUUUCAGGAAGGGGCUAAAAGAGAUCAACAAGAAAGGCCAAGAAGUAAUGUAUGAUUUUGAAGAUAAAAUCAAUCAAGCUGUGUUCCCAGGACUUCAAGGGGGUCCACAUAAUCAUACCAUUACUGGUUUAGCUGUUGCAUUAAAACAGGCUACGACUCCAGAGUACAAAGCAUAUCAAGAACAAGUUCUUACCAAUUGCAAGAAAUUUUCCCAGAGUUUGAUAGAGAGGGGGUAUGAUCUUGUAUCCGGUGGAACUGAUAACCAUUUGGUCUUGGUAAAUUUAAGAAACAAGGGUAUCGAUGGGUCGAGAGUUGAGAAGGUAUUGGAAUCGGUGCAUAUUGCUGCAAACAAAAAUACUGUUCCUGGUGACAUGUCUGCCAUGGUACCUGGCGGCAUUCGCAUGGGAACUCCGGCACUAACAUCUAGGGGAUUUCUUGAGGAUGAUUUUGUGAAAGUUGCAGAGUUGUUUGAUGCUACAGUCAAGUUGGCCUUGAAAAUUAAGGCUGCUUCUACAGGAACGAAGCUAAAGGACUUUGUUGCAACCAUAGAGAAAUUUGAAUCCGAGAUUGUAAAGAUUCGGGGGGAAGUAGAGGAGUAUGCUAAACAAUUCCCAACAAUUGGGUUUGAGAAGGAAACAAUGAAGUACAAAAAUUAAUGAUACCUCCCUCCCUCAUGGGUUUGUUGAAGAUGUUUGUUUGUUUUGAUAAGCAAUAUGAUUUGUGCUAUUGCUGUUGUAGUCUGUUUUUGAUGAUCAAAGGUACAGUAAUAAAUAAAUAAAUAAAAUUAAAUGUUGCCAGAAUUUUGUUA